GGGCAAAGGAGGCGGGCUAAACAGGUAAAGGUGUUCCGCUCCGUCGCUCGUACAACUCAGGGAAGUAUACCGAUGUUUUGCUGAGACCUUCGUGUCUUCAGUUUUGAGGUGGCCAAACAAGCGACGAAAUGGUGCAAGAAGAGAACGAGUUCACCAACCGGCCUGACAACACCGCCUUCACUCAGCAAAGGCUUCCUGCAUGGCAGCCUAUACUUUCUGCUGGCAUUGUAAUCCCAGGCUUUGUCCUUAUUGGCCUGGCGUUCAUCGGCGUUGGAGUCGCUCUCUUUGUCACUUCCAGGAGCAUCCAGGUGUUAGAGAGAGACUACACUGGGGAUGCAAGUGGAACACCAUGUGCUUCCUGCGCCAACUCAAAUGCACAGAACUGCAUAUGCACACUGAAUAUCACCUUAGACACUCUGUUUAAGGGGCCUGUGUUCUUUUAUUAUGGAUUGUCGAACUACUUCCAAAACUACAGAAGGUAUGGGAUAUCCAAAGAUGAUAACCAGCUGUAUGGAGACCUGAAGUACUUCACUAGUCCCAGUGAUAACUGUGCUCCCUAUGCCUAUAACUCCAACAACCAACCAAUUGUGCCAUGCGGAUCAAUAGCAAACAGCAUGUUCAAUGACACCUUCAAGUUGUAUCAGACUGUCAAUGGGACACGGCAGGAGGUGUCCUUGGAUGGAAAAGGGAUAGCUUGGUGGACAGACUACAAUAUCAAAUACAGAAAUCCAACUAAUAACCCUCUGAAGGAUGCCUUCAAUGGUACCGUGAAGCCCAUAUAUUGGUCUAAGCCUGCAUAUGAGUUGGACACAUCAGACCCUAGUAACAAUGGGUUUGUGAACCAAGAUUUCCUGGUGUGGAUGAGGAGGGCAGCCCUGCCAGAUUUCAGAAAGCUGUAUCGACGAAUCUCACAGGACAAAUAUCCAGAUGGUCUCCCGGCUGGAAACUACUCACUUGAGAUUACCUACAACUAUCAUGUUUAUAGGUUUAGUGGGAAAAAGAAAGUUGUGUUCAGCAACGUGUCCUGGAUGGGUGGAAAGAAUGAGUUCCUUGGCAUUGCCUACCUCGUGGUUGGUUCCAUGUGUGUCUUCAUGUCCAUAGUUAUGCUCAUUGUCUAUGCUAAAUUCAAGUUCCCUGAUGAGGAAUGAGCAUCUUGUCAUGGACUAAAACUUCAAAAAUUAUCCUCUUUUUUUUUUUUUUUCUUUUCUUUUUUUUUGGCCUUAAAGGUAUGUUCAUUUUGCAGUUUAGUCAUCAUAAAAUGCUGAAAUCAUGUGUUAUUCUGGAUUUGAAAAUUGCCCCCUAGGUGUACACAGUCUAGUGUUAAGUUUGUUACAUAGGAACUGAUGCAAACAAGGAGCCAUCUUUUUUUUUUUUUUUUUUGUAUUUUUGGGGAUUUUUUGUUUUUGUUUGUUUUUAAGACAUUUUUAAUUUUAAGAUACAUAGCUGUCCAUUGGCACAUCUGUUAAAUUAUGCUUUAUUUGUCUAGCAAACUAAUAUUAAUUGCUAGCAGAAGUCUUAAAAAUGUGCUUUUAUCAUCAAAAACUUUAAAUCAGUAAUAAUUUCAAAGCCAUAAAUCAUUUGAAAAGCUACUGAAUAUAUGGAAUGUAUAAUAUAAAUUGUAAAUGUUGCUGUUACUCAGGGAUAUGGUGUAUAGGCUAACCCCUAAUUAUGUUUUCUCUUAGCUUGUUACAGUUUGAACUAUGGUUUCUCUUUGAAGCUAAUGUUUUACAUUAUGCUGGUAUUUAUUUAAAUAAACAAGACCAG